CCACAACACUAUCCACAACACGCACACACAGGCCGUACCCUUUGCCUGUAGCAACGAUUACGAGUCGAACGACUAGUCUAGACUAGUCGCUCGACUAGUCUAUGAGUCGCAAAGUGGCUGUCGACUCAGUUUCUCGUGUAGACUACUUAGACGAGUCGAGCCAGUCAUCGACUAGUCGACGACUAGUCUGGACUAGUCGACAUGUUCGAGUCGAACGACUCAAAAAACUGGGGGAGUAUAAAUAGGUGGCUCAUCCCCGUGAGACUAGACCUAAUUCUUUCUUUCCUCUCCUCACCCUCCUCACGCCGCCGGCUGCUGGACGCGCCCGUCAAGCCCUCCUCGCGCCGCCGGCCGCUGGACGCGCGCCGCCGCGGAUCUGGAGCUCCACCGUCGCCGGCCCCUCGUGCUCUUCUCCUGCUCCUUCGUCUCGCGCCCCUCCUCGCGCCGCCGGCCCCUCGUGCUCUUCUCCUGCUCCUUCGUCUCGCGCCCCUCCUCGCACCGCCGGCCCCUCGUGCUCUUCUCCUCUUCAAGCAGGUCCUGAGGUCUGAGCUACAAUGUCUACAACACCAGAGAUAUGUCAAGUAGUGUGUUCAGCAGCUGCUGCAGCUCAAGCCGAUGAGCAUUACGAUCCAUCGAAGGAUCCUGCAAGGAAGCCACGUAGGAGCAAGGACCCAGCAUGGAAAUAUUCCUUUUGGCCUGAUCUGCAGGACAAAUUGACACUCCAGUGUGUUUUGUGUGGCAAAAACAUCACUUCUGGAGUGCUAAGGAUGAAGAAGCACCUUGGUGGGGGUUACACAGAGGUGAAAAUGUGUCUAAAAGCAACCGAUGAGAUCAGGAAAGAGAUGCAUUUGUACAUGAAGACCAACUCAACCAAGUUCAAAGCCAUGCAACUUGAUGGGGAUGAAGUUGAAGCAACUGAUGGAGAUGGAGGAG